AUGGUGCGGCUGGAGCCAGAGCCACCGGUUUCCCCGGACUACGCCGAGGCGAGCUCGGGUUUUUCUCUUGUUCCUUAUAGGUUGUCACAUGGUACCACCACUCUAGGGUUUGUGUUCCAGGGUGGAGUUAUUGCAGCAGCUGAUACUCGGGCAAGUUGUGCCGGUCUAAUUGCUUGCCCAUCUGCCCAGAAGGUUAUGCCCAUUCAUUCGCACCUGGUGACUACCACCUCUGGUAGUGGGGCAGACUGCAUGCUGUGGGAGCGAAUCCUAGCCAGGGAGAUACGCCUUUAUGAGCUCCGGCACAGCCGAAGGAUCUCUGUCAGUGGGGCCGCCAAGCUGCUCUCUCUCAUGCUGCACCCUUUUAAGGGCACCGAGGUGUGUGUGGCACUCACUCUCUGUGGCUGGGAUGUAAAAAAAUCAGUGACAGAGGCUGAAAUCAAGCAAAACUGUGGGACAAAAAAAGAUGUUGUUAAUCUGGCAGGUGAACCAGGCAAUGGCAGUGCAAGACUUGUACCAAUUAGUGAAUUAAACACUUUAAAAGCAAGGCCUUUCAUUAAGACACAACAAAGUGAUAAAAGCUGUGGAGAAUACAGCAGAAACUCAGAUCAAAAUUUGGAUGGAUCAGAAGUUGCAGCUAGUAACCCAUUUGGCCCCAAAGUGUACUACGUGUGCAGUGAUGGCUUGUUGUUAAGAGGAAACUUAAUAUCAGUAGGCUCAGGCUCUCCAUAUGCCUACUCAGUGCUGGAUGAUGGCUUGAGGUGGAGGAUGAGUGUGGAUGAGGCUGUAGCUCUGGCUAGAGAGGCAGUCUUUAGAGCCACUCACAGGGAUGCAUAUUCAGGGAACAAUGUAGAUCUGUUUCACAUUACUGCUAAUGGGUGGAGCCGCAGAAGUAGGGAGGAUCUGAAGGAAGAAUACUACCACCAAAAGGAAAAGAAAAAGAAAAUGAUGCAGCAGAGAGUGGAAGAAAAACAAAAUUGA